AUGAGGCUCGCCGACUCUCCUCUCGCAACGGCAGUAGUGUCCCCGCCUAGUCGUGAGAAGAGCCCUCCUCGGGCGCAGCCUGUUCGUACUGGGGACCAGAGUGAACGGUACGAGGUCACUUUUGCCUUGCCGGGAGCGUUGGGUAUGGAGUUCGCAGAGAUCGAGCCGCCAUAUAGGAUAUCCCGAGUGCAUGCAGGGAGCAUAGCAGAGAAGCUUGACGUUAGGCCUGGGGACUGUAUGAGGGCUGUUGAUGGCAAUGUGUUGACGGAUGAGAAGGUAGAGUGGGAGAGUAUACGGCAGAUGCUAUCAAAACGACCUGUAGUAGCUCAGUUCGAGAGGGGGCUGCCAGGCGAGGCGGGUGAUGGGUCCAGGAUAGGAGGGGUAGUAGGGAACUGGGGUGUCGGGGUCCUUACGUCCGCCAUCUCCAACGUCAAGACGGCGACUCACGCCGCUAUAGCAACUGGGAUUGGUUCCGCCGCGAGGCGUGCAGAGGAUGGGAGUAGAACUCCUGAGGACCGUGGUCUGGUCGAGAGUCUACAAGCUCAAGUAGCUCAGCUUCAGAAACAACUAGCAGAGCGGCCUCUGGUGGAGCUCCCACAGGAGAGGAGUGGGAGCCGUGAUGAUGGUGGUGAUGAUAGUUUCUCGACGUUAGCUGAUGCUUAUGCUUCCCUUCAACAACAGCAUUCAUCUCUAUUGGCACAGUUUGAUGCAAUGCAGCAGAUGCAGAGCCAUGCUGAGGAGGUGGAGCGGUAUAAGGCUCGUGUGGAGCAGUUGGAGGAGGAGAAGAGGGCUCUGGAGGGGGCAGUGAGGGACCUUGGCAACUUGGACACGCUGAAGGAUCGUCUGAGGAAAGGGAUGGAGGCAGAAGUCAACGCGGCUGACCAGGCCCGACAGAUAGUAACUCUAGAGGACGAAGUGUGUAGACUACGGCGAUCUCUAGCCGCCUCGCAGGAGGCUUUGGACUCCUAUACUGCUGCUAUUGACAAUGCUGAGGACCUUCAGCUCGGGGAUGCUAAUGAGCUCCAAAGUCGGCUGGAUGAUGCACUAGCCGAGAAGGCGAGGAUUCAGGCUGCUUUAGCUGCUGAGGAACAGAAAUCGCGAAAACUACAGGAACAGAGCGAAAAGGUUCUCGACUUGACAAGAUCCGUCACUGCCAUCACUGCUGAGCGUGAGGCCCUGAAGGGCAGGGUAGCAGAGCUGGAGAAGGUGGUCAACUCCUGCUUGCAGAAGCUACAGAAAGAGAUGCAGGAUCGGCCCUAUCUGAUAGACCGUAGAGAGGUGGCUCGAGCGGUAAUAGCAUUCGUGAGAGCAUGCGAUGCUGGAGAGGUGGAGGAGGAGACGGCUAUACAGAGGUUGACUGAGCAGCUUGGGUUCACUGUGGAGGAACGACAAGCUCUGGGGUCAGCAGAGUUGCCCCAGGCAGAUGGCCCCAGGCCCUCAUUACUGAACCGAGCAGCUGGGGACGGUGAUGAUAAGCGAGAACGGUUUGGAGAUUCCUUUCUGGCUUUCCUCGAACGUGAGGUUGGAGAUGAUAGUUCUGCAUUGGAGAAGAAGAGGAUCCCCGACCCGGAUGAGCCCAUGGCUGAGUAACGGUGGAGUGGUUGCACCGAUAUUUCCUUUUUUGCACAGUUCCUACUAUCUAUGUAAUGCUUGCGUGUCACC